AUGCGGUUCCUUCCUUCCCUCACCCUCCUCUCCGCGGCAGGCCUCGGUCUCGCCACCCCCACGAGCGAGGCAAUCACCCGCCGCCAGGACGAAGCGGGCUCCGACGUACACGAUGUACUGGGAGGUCUCAACCGCCGAGGCCACGGCAAAUCCAGCAACGGCAGAGACAAACCCAAGCCCGGCACCUGCCUGCACCAAGGAGACGUCGACACGUUGGUCGACGCGUACCGACGCAUGCUCUCGGGCUGGAACGACGCCGACGCCAAGUACCUGGCCGACACAUUCGUCGACACAUCCGACAGCAUCAACAUCUUGGCGGGUAUUCCGCUGGGCAGUCCGACGUUUCCCUCCAAGGAGGCCUUCAUCGAGCACCAGCAUGUUCAGCCAGAUAACCUCCCCCUAACAAUGACCCACACGACGCCCUACUCCUGCAACGAGAUCGCCCUGAUCUGGCAGGCCACCUUCGGCGUGGCGCAGAAGCAGGUGCGGGGCGUCACCAUCCUGGGCGUGACCAAGGAGGAGGGAUUCUGGCAGAUCGAGAGCGUCGAUGUCGAGUUCAACUCGCUGGCUUACUUGCUGGAUAUUGGGGGUUCGUACAAUCUGCCGGGGCAGUGA